GGCGAGACCCAACAGUUUGUGAUGAUGGUGGAGACAAAGAGGAGGUGCUGCGGCUCUUUAGUCUUAUUCUAGUGUACAUAGCGGACUAUAUGUUCACCCCUAGGGAAUUAACUAGUGCCUAUAAACAUGGGAAUAUGGAGCUACACUUUAAUAUACCUGGUGGUCCUAAUAUGGCCGGAAUCUGAAGGUACGCUUGGGAGGAAAAAUGGAAGGACAGGGUCAGCGCUGAGCGAGUAUGUGAGUCAGUUUGAGGUCUUGCGGUAUGACUCAAGCCUUGUUCACCGCCGCCAUGAGAGGGUCAAGCGAUCCCUCGACAGCAAGGACGAGCUGACCAUAUCGUUUGCCUCCCAUGGGCGGCUGUUCCGUCUGCGGCUGAGGCACGACACCACCACCAUCAGCCCCAGUGUUAGGAUCGAGGUGCCACCCAGCCUGGAGGGCCUGGACUUCAAGCACCUGUAUGAGGGCACUCUGGAAGGUGACCCCGGCUCCCACGUGUGGGGCAGUGUGCGGGAUGGGGUGUUUGAGGGAGUGGUGCACAGCGAGCGUGAUGGCACCUACUACGUGGAGCGUGCACACAAGUACUUUCCCGGCCACAAUGCCACACUCAAGGGCUUCCACUCGGUCAUCUAUCAUGACCAGCAUGUGGGGGACCCCUACCAGCGGGUGCGGCAGGGGCACACUUCGGGCUGUGGUGCGACGGAUGACGUGGCCGCCUGGAUGGAUGCGGUGCAGAAUUCGGCAGACCCAGAGGAGGAGCGGCGGGAGGAAGAGCGGAGGGAGCGGGAGGCCAGGUGGAGCGGCACAAGCAACCAGCACAAGUACAAAAAGUGGCUAGAGGAGCAUGAGGAGUACAGGAUGAUGCAGGAGGAGGAUGAGGAGGAGCUGGAGGAGCCCGGCCUGUAUGACCUGCCCCUGGAGGACUACCACCCCCAUGACCAGGGCCACAAGUACAGCGAGGAGGCCAACAGUGCCUGGCCACACCGCCGCCACAAGAGGGCCAUUGGCAUCGGUGUCGGGGAAGACAACAAAGGCACCUGCUCUCUCUCCAUCCAGACUGACCCUAUGCUGUGGCACCAUAUUUAUAUACAGGAGGGUGAGAAUGCGGAGAAGACCCGAGACGAGAUCACCGCCAUGAUCUCCCAGCACAUCAAGGCUCUCAACCACAUCUAUGCCAAUGUCAACUUCAUCGGAAAGUACAAACACAGGAACAUUAGAUUUGAAGUCCAAAGAAUCAAGAUCGAUGAUGACACUCCGUGCAAAUCGUCUCAGGGGGAAGGCAACAAGUUCUGCAAACCCAACGUCGAUGUCAGUAACUUCCUCAACUUGCACUCACAGAAGAAGCAUGAUGACUUCUGCCUUGCUUAUGUCUUCACCUUCAGGGACUUCACUGGUGGGACUCUGGGUCUGGCCUGGGUGGCAUCUCCUUCAGGGGCAUCUGGGGGGAUCUGUGAGAAGUACAAGACCUACACAGAGAACCUUGGGGGCUUCCGGCACUCGGAGAAACGCUCCCUCAACACCGGCAUCAUCACCUUCCUCAACUACAACUCCAGGGUGCCGCCAAAGGUCUCUCAGCUCACCCUGGCACACGAGAUCGGCCACAACUUUGGUUCCCCACACGACUUCCCGGACUCCUGCAAGCCAGGCGGUCUGCAGGGGAACUACAUCAUGUUCUCCUCGGCCACCAGCGGAGACCGGCUCAACAACGACAAGUUCUCGCCGUGCUCCAUGCGGAACAUCUCGCUGGUGCUGGACGCCAUCUCAGAGAAGCGCCGCACCAACUGCUUCACGGAGAACAAUGGGGCCUUCUGUGGAAACAAGAUUGUGGAAGAGGGUGAGGAGUGUGACUGUGGCUAUGACAUCCAGGAGUGCCAGGAGAAGUGCUGCUACCCUCUCAAGAUCCCCGACACCCUGCGGCACGCCAACUCCUCAGCCAAGGCAUGCAUGCGGCGCAAGAAUGCCGUGUGCAGUCCCAGUGAGGGGCCGUGCUGUAACAGGAACACCUGCACCUUUGUGAGCAAGGAGGCGCAGCAGGUGUGCCACAUGUAUACCGAGUGUGAGGAGUCGGCGUACUGCGAGGGGAACAAUGCCAGCUGCCCCGAGCCGGUGCCCAAGGAGGACAACAGAGUGUGCAAUGAGGGAACCAAGGUGUGCAUGAAGGGGAAGUGCAGUGGCUCCAUCUGCCUGGCCAAGGGCAUGAAGGAGUGCUUCCUGACAUCAGACCGAGUGCACGACAAGAAGAAGCUUUGUGAGAUCGCCUGCCAGGUGGGCAAUGACAGUUCCACCUGCAAGUCCACCUCAGAGCUGAAGGACAUCUUUGGCGGCGUUCCCGUGUUCAUGCGACCCGGUGCUCCGUGUAACAACUUCCAGGGCUACUGUGAUGUCUUCCAAAAAUGCCGUGCUGUGGAUGCUGAGGGUCCAUUGGCGCGCCUCAAGAACCUGCUGUUUAACCAGGACACCCUCAACAGUGUGGCAGAGUGGAUCACACAAUACUGGUAUGGCGUGAUGCUGCUGGGUGUGGGCUUUGUGGUGUUCAUGGGCGUGUUCAUCAAGUGCUGCGCUGUCCACACACCCUCCAGCAACCCACGCAAGCCCCCGGCACGGUCCAUCACAGAGACACUACGCAGGCCAGUCAACACACUGAGAAGAGUAAAGAGACACAGACAGGGCCCUGGUCCCGGCGGUCAGGGUGGUGGUGGUGGGGCAGGGCCAAGCCACCAUCACCACCACCACCACCAUCACCACCACAACCCACAGCCACAGCAGCCAGGGCCAUCCAGGCAGAGCAGAGGUGGGCCAGAACGGGAACCAGACCGCUCUAAAGGGAACAAGCGGGGCAGUCGGGCGUACAGCGAUGACCCACCCCCGCCCUAUCCUGGCAACCCCAGGCACUCGGUCAGCCCCGCCAACCCUGGGGCAUCAUCAGCCCUCCCUGCAGGGCGCCCCACGGGUCCCACCAGACAUGGGUAUGGAGAAGGGCGGGGUCACUACAACAGGCCAAAAGGCGGGAGACGACACGAGAACUCAGCAGUAUAGUGUCAGCUAGUGCCCCACCUCUGGAGUUGAUUUGUGAUAGUAAUGUUGUAAGUGGCCAUCCUGUGGGGCGCACUCGACUGCCACUCACCAGACGCAACCACUAACCAGCCAACCCGCCUCCCCGCCCACCCUGCCGCCAGCUGGGGCCACCAGAUGGCCUGCCAGCACUCCACACUGUCCUCCCCGUACAACUCUGGAGCAAUCAAAGACGCUGGAGGCCACAUGAGCCGCCACUGGGACACCGGCAGGUCGUGGGAAGGCACAGCUGCCCUGACUCUUGACGCCGGAACGAAGCGCCAACGAAGGUGAACAGUCGGCGGUCAGUCAGAUUCUGAACAAAAUGGAACAGAGAAUUUUCACAGACAGACAUUGUUUUGAUCCUGACCCUUAGCAGUGGAAGGAGGAGCCACAAGUGUGUCAGGCCUUAGUGAGAAGUUAUUAAUGCUUAAGAGUCUAUGUUGAAAUGUUAAGUGGAGGAAUGUUACUCUUACGAGGCCUCUACAGAAGGGCAGUGCAGUGAGUGAACCCUUGUUGUCUAGUGUCAGUGAUGAGCCGCGGGCGAGGUCUGCUUUAAGGAGUGGCGCGAGAUACAUGCCUCCCCGUGACAAGAAACCAUGCAAGAAUAAGGUGCUUCUAAACCUUUAUUUUUUGUUUUUAUUUGUAAUGGAAACCGUGGGAUGAAAGUGGAGCAGAAAAACCUCCAGUGAAUGCAAGCCACAGCACCAGUUCAUGAAAGCAAAAUGUGUGCAGCACAGUCAGCCCAAGACAGCCCCUGGGAAUCUGUGUUGGACCACACACUCCCCUCCCUACCACCCCUUGUAGCAAACACAUUGUACAGCUUCCCAAACCGGUAAUGUCCGGUGGGUGAUCGGUCACUGGCGGACGGCCCAGACACCCGCAAAUUUAUAUCCGUUACAGCCACCAUUUAAUUUGAACCUUUUUUUAGGAGCUGUUCACAGUCAAGUUCAAUUUUUUACUACAUAAUUCCCUCUAGACAACCGCAUUUACCGCAGAUGGCUUUAGCAUAAGAUUUUGAUGUGUGCGUGUUCUUGCCGGAGGUCAGCGUGUGGGGGAACGCAGGCACGUGUCGGGCGGCCAAGACACAGUUUUGUGAAGUGGUGACAAAUCUAACCUUGUGACCUGUGGAGUGUGUGGCAGUGGUAUGCUACUCCUUGCACGGCUACUACUGGUGUGUGUGUGUGUGUGUGUGUGUGUGUGUGUGUGUGUGUGUGUAUGUGAGCAUGUGCGUGUGUGUUCAUCAUUCAGUCAGUCAGUCAGGAUAAAUAGUAACAUUUUAUAUUCCCACACAGAUGGUUGUAUGAAACUAACAGCUAAGGCUUUUUAUCACUCAGGUUAGAGAUGACAUGUUUGUAUGAUUUCCCCCAACCCUUACCUAACCCCAUUGUUGUCCCCCACCAUCCCUUACCAUCCCCAACCACUCCCAGCCACUUCAUCUAUCCCCCUUCAUUCUCUUCCCCCAACAAACACAUCUACCCCAUCCGUACCUUCUCCAAAGAAUGCAUCUCCUCAUUUUUACCUCCAAGCACUCUCUAUCUCCCCAUGUUUACCUCCUCCGCCAACACAUCUCAUGCAUACCCGGGUACCACUUCUCAUUCCUCGAGUCCUAAGCUAAACAUCUGCCAGUCCCCUUUACCUCUAAUUAACCUUGUCUCCCAGUCUCCUGCAACCAGUAUCUUCUAGUCCCCAUCUCCUCAUCCUUACCUCCCUUUACCAUGAUGUCUAUCUACUCCCAUUUACUCAUAUGCUACUCAACACACACACCCUUUCCUUCACAUCCCAUCAACCCAUCAACCCAAAUAACUAUACAAAAGACAAGUGAAUACAUCCAUCACUAAUUCAAGGACAGUCUGAGGCUCCUUAACUGCCCUGUCCUUGCGUCAUCCUGAGAAAACCUUGAGAUUAAUUUUUUUACAUGAUGAUAGCUACCGUCACAUACCACUACCACCACCACUUCUGCAGUCACGACUACCAAAGCUCCCCUCCCUGUUUCCCCCAAGGCAGCCGUCACUAGCCAUCUUUCAUGGUGAAGAAGUUACAUUUACAACCACUGGUGAGCGCAGAUGUGAGCCUCAGUUUUUUGUGGGUGAGUGAGCAGAUGUGUGUGUCUGAGUGAGUGUAGUUGGUGUCAAAAGUCUGUUAAGGUGCCACACUCACUUCUACUGUGCUCAGCAUUUUUUUUCAGUCUUAAGCUGUCUGAUUUGCCUGUAAUCUUACAAAACUUCACAAUUCAUAGAUUUUUGGCUGAUCAGAUGACCUGGGAUUGAGAAAAAACAUUAAAAACAUUGGUAGUGGGUUUGAUAUGUUAUUUAACUUUUGACUUUGACUAUACAUGUGUGAGUGUGGUGAGAAAAGACAAAAAAGACCACAAACAACAUACCCCAAGCCUUGCCGUGCUCCACCAGUGCCAGAAGGGAAGCAGCCUGGCAUCUACAUACUGACGUAGACACCGGCAGGGAGCUUCCUGGACACCGGGGCCCCUGCGCUCACCAGCCAGCCAGCCACCUGAAGUGUGUUGAAAGUGUACAUGUGUAAGACAAAUGGAAACAACAUUUUUUUACAAUAUUCCACUAACUUGUGUUGUUAAGAAGCGAUGCACUCAUGUUGCCAUGGCCCUGUGUCAUGCAUUACUCUGUGGGCUGCCAUCCUCCUCCUCCUCCACCUUCUCCUCCUCCUCCUCCUCCUCUGCCGCCCGCCCUCGUCACCCCCGCUACUUUUCUCUACAUUGGUGGUGACGUCACCAGCACCUCUUGUCUGUUUCUCUGAGAUUCUCCAAACUCGUAAGGCAUUCCAAAGAUCACCCAACUCUGUAGCGUGUUUGCCGUACCUCCCGUUCAGUGUAUUAUUUAUAUUCCACCAGCAUUUAGUUCCUUUGUAUCUAGUAUGUACUACUAUACUGUAUGUUCUUGUACUUUUUUAUAUUUUAUACUUGUAUGUUGUUUGAUUCUUUUGUUGCAUCUGAUCAUAGACAAGGUGUGAAUGUUAAGAGCCACUGACUGACUGGUUCGGUGUCCCUCUCAGCCAUAUCACAUCCGGGACACUGAACACUUGGUUGGGUCACAGUCAGUGCUCUUAGGGUUCCUGGGACCAGUGUGGCAACUGUGCCGGUCGGCACCCUGCCUGCCACCUGCUGUGUGGUGGGCAGGGGAGUGAUUUCAGUGAUGUUUCUUCGAGUAAUUCAUUGAUGAGGUUUGUUAUGUUUUGUCUUGUUUUUUGUCUUGUUCCUCCACUAUAUUCAUGUUGUGGGGUUUGUGAAUGAAUCUCCUGUAUACUUUGAUUCAUUAUACAUUAUUUUUUCCUCCUCAUCAUCCUCAUCCUCCUCGGUCUCCUCCUACAAAACACCCAAGUGGCCUUUACUAGCAAAAUUCAUCAAACGGUACUACCACAGGCCAAUUGUCCAUGUGUAUAUUGAAGAAAAUGGUGAAAUGCCUUUGUUCAGCCUUUGUGUGGCUUAAGACUAUUACUGAAGGCUGUUUUGAUGAGACAUGUAGGCUUUAUUAUUAUUUUGUGUAGGUUUAUUUUUAUUCUUCUGACAUUUUAUUCUUUUAUUAUUUAAGGCUUUAUAAAUUUUUUAAGCCUUCCUAAUAAAAAUGUAAUGUUUCUUUUAUUAUUUAAGGCUUUAUGAAUUUUUUAAGCCUUUCUAAUAAAAAAAUAUGUUAUGUUAUGUUUUCCCAAGUCUUUUAAAUGCUCAGUGCUUGUAAAUUGUACCGUUUCAUUUUUGAAAAGUUGAAAAUAAAAUAACUUCAUGUUAUUAUUUUUCUUUUAAUUUUUUUUUAAACAUCCAUUAUGUGGUGCCUCAGAAUUUUAUUGUCAAUUUUUGCCAAGUUAAAAAACAAGACGGUACAAUGGAAAAAGUUCUAUUUUAUUUAAUAUUUUUUCACUUACAUGCCCAGCAUCUAUAUAGAAGAAAUUAAUGGUUAAAUUUAUGCAAAGUUCUAACCAAAAUACAAAACAUUAUCUAAAUGACAGGAUACAAAGAUUUUAGAAUUCUGAAGAAGAGUUGUUUGUAAUAAACACCAUCUUGUGUUCAAGACAUUUUAACAUAGUGCAAGACACCUUCACUGAGCUGAGAGUAAUAAAGAUAUAGAACAUCAUACCACUUCUAUAUUUUUCAGUUUCAUUACUCUUGGAUCAGUGAAAGGUGACUUGCUUGAAGGUGAAAUGUCUGAAAUUCAAGAGAUGAGAAUUAUACUGUGCUGUUGUUUGCGGUCUUGAUUAAAUCUUACUGUUCUUUACCUGUCUAGACAAUUAUUAAAUCUUGUCAUUCUUUACCAGUCAUAUAUGUUGUCAUCCUUUACCAGCUGAUGAUUAAACCUUGCCAUUCUUUGUUCACUUUCUAUUUUGAUGACAUUCCUUACAUUUUGUCAUUCUUUAGCAGUUUAUUAAGUUUUGCCAUUCUUUAUUCAUCUUAAUGGUAAUUAAGUCAUGUCAUUCUUUAUCUGUCUUGAUAAUCGUUAUUAUUUUUUAUACAGUUCUCCAGUCCAGUCACUCUUUAUCCUCAAUGACUUUGUGCUUGACAAUUAGUUCAUUGGGCAUUACAGAAGCCACAACACCUGUACUAACUCCUGCACCCUCACACCCUGGAGGAGAGGAAAAUGCUCACCCUCAUCACCCUCACCCCUCACCUUCACCCUUCCCUGUCACCCUGAGCCGCCCUGCAGUGUAUGCCUGACGCACUGGCCAUGCAGUAGGUUAACACGUUUCCCUAUGAUAUGUAGUUUGAUCAUUGUUACAGUCAUUACACUCUUGAUAUGAACAUGAGUGUCAUCAUUUCUUUGAACUCAGUGUUUUAUGAUCACUCCAUAUGUUUAAUAAAUAAAUGAUGUGUGCUUUUUAAUGAA